GCCAAAUGCAUUUAAAAUGCAGAGAUAAGGCGUCUAAUCGAUUACCGAGUAGCACUGCUAGAUCCGUUUCUCUGAGUCAGCCGGUCGCUGCUGUCCGUUCUGAAGAUGGAGGAAGCAGGCGAAGGGAAUAUCGCACUGCAGCGGAUACACAGUGUUUAGACGCUGUCUGGAACUCCAUAUCAGAUGAGAUGGAUGUGUGGCACCCCUUCCACUGCUAAAGAUCGUCCCCUGUUUGUGACCAAUAUGUACUCCAGUUGAACAUGACAGUCAUCAGAGGACUUCAACACCACAGCAGAGACUGACAAGCCUCUGUCACCUGGAGAUAAUCGAUUGUUUUUACGCAAGGAUUUCGUUGGACACUUAUUUGCGCUUUCACAGGGGGGAGACCAAAACAAAAAGUUCUGCCCCCUGAAUAUGGAAAUGGAGGCAUCGAAUGGCUAUAUUGCAAGUAACGGCAACUGCUCUCCCAGGAAGGAGAACUCGAGAAUGCUGGUGGACCUGUCGACCAGCACACCCAAUGGCCAGCGUUCCCAAAGUCCUAAUUCCCCUGCUGCACGCACAAUCAAACAGGAGGAAGGUACUGAGGAGGAGACAGAGAGAAGACUGGAUGAGGCGGGUCACAGCGGUGAAGAAGGCUCUGGAUUGGAGGAGCCCAUGAUUGACAGCCCAAAUAACUCACAAGAUGCUGGGCCAGGAACAGAAGGGCAUAAUGAGACCGGGAUUAGACUGCCAAAUGGUGACCGGCCGUUCCAGUGUAACCAGUGUGGGGUUUCAUUCACUCAAAAGGGCAACCUACUGAGGCACAUCAAACUCCACACGGGAGAGAAGCCCUUCAAAUGCCCGUUCUGCAGCUACGCUUGCCGCCGCCGUGACGCCCUGACCGGACAUCUGCGCACACACUCAGUGGGCAAACCACACAAGUGUAACUACUGUGGGCGGAGCUACAAGCAGCGCACGUCAUUGGAGGAGCACAAAGAACGGUGUCAUAAUUACUUGCAGAGCGUCGGCAUGGACUCUACCUCCAAUCCUGGACUGUAUCCAGGAGAGGUACCAAAGGAGCAGAGGCCACUAGAGUCAACUGGGAUGGUGGCUUUCGACCGCCCUCCUGUAAUUGAAAGACUGCAGGGGAAUGUGGGUAAACGGAAGAGCACCACGCCACAAAAGUUUGUGGGUGAGAAAAUGGUUCGCUAUUCGUACCCCGAGUUGAGCUAUGAGAUGUGCCCUAAGUAUGACAAGGAAGCAGAGGUGAUGCAUGCCCAGUUGAUGGACUACUUGGGCUCCGACUCCUUGAGGCCUAUGGUCCAUCACCCAUCCCUCUCCAUGGCUGAAGUGCUGCCUAUGGUGAACCCGCUCUUCCAUCCGAUGUACCCGCUCGGCCCACGCAUGGACCGUCCCAGCAGUCGAGAGGCUCCUCCGCUGCCCCACCCGAACCCAGAGUUCUCUCACCCCACCAAUGGCGCAAUCCCCUUGGUGAGGCACAAGAAUCCUCAUGUGGCCCGAGAUGGGUCCCCGUGCAACAGUGGACAGGAUUCGGCUGAUUCGGCACGGAGCAGCCCCCAGGAAAAGCUCAGCGGCACCGGGCCCAGGACGAGAUCAAGCCCGGGGUUUGCCCGGGCAGAGGAAGGCAGGGCGAUAGACGCCGGCCGUAUAGCCCCCAGGGACAGCAUCCGCGUCUUUGGCCGCGAAGGCCAGGAGCUGAGAGUGUUCCAGUGCGAACACUGCCGCAUCCUGUUCCUGGAUCACGUCAUGUACACCAUCCACAUGGGUUGCCACGGUUACAGAGACCCACUCGAGUGCAACAUCUGCGGCCACUGCAGCAAAGAUCGCUACGAGUUCUCCUCGCACAUCGUCCGUGGAGAACACACCUUUCGUUAAGAAUCCCACGCACUCUUGCAGUCAGUUUACCGCAGACGCCAUCAGUUUACUGCUGAAGCAUUACAAGAGCACCAAUCGGCAGAUAUAUGAAGGUUUCGGUCCAAUAGAAAGUUUUCACUUUGGAACUGUUUGAAGAUUUUUGUUCUGGGCGAGGGGAUGAAUAUGUUUGUUUUAAAGUUCUUUUUCAUUUUUUUCACCUCACACAGAGAUUAUUGUUAUAUAUGUACUGAACCUUCCAACAGAGCAGCUAUGUGUUAUCUAAAGUUGUGAAGUUUUUUUCUCUUUUAUUUUUUUUUGUUUGUCAUCUGUAUUACCUCGAUGCAUGCUGUCAUUCUUGUUUCAUGGACCUUGAUCAAUAUUACAGGAAAUCCGAGCAAGCAGAGCUUAGUUUUGCAUACAAAAAAAAAAGACGAAAAAAAAUGGCUAAUUGAUAGCUUCUUGCUACUGUGGCUUCUUAGUGCCUUGCUGAUGUUUUGAACGAUUUAGCUUUUUAUGGAGUGUUUUCUAUCUUUUUAGCAGCUUUUCUCAUCAUUUGCACCCUUUCGAUGAAGUUCCGGGGCGUAUGAGUUGAAGUUUCAGUAAUCGUUCUAAUGUCCUUAUAUCGGUGCUAUUCUGGUUUCACAAAAGCAGUCCUGUAGGUUGGCACAAAUCUUUUCAGACACAUUUUAAUGAAGUGCUGAUGACAAUCUCGUAGAUUUUAAUAGGAGACAGUGACACUUUUGCCAUGCUAAGGACAGAUUAGUUUUCCAUGCUGUGUUUUGCUGCUGUUGCACACUUACUAUCAUCUCUUGCGUUCUUAUGCACUUCGCUGAAAACAGCACUGCAACAUGCCUUGAUAAACCUGUUUUUGCACUAUUAGCUUGAGGCCUUGGGCGAAAAUAUGUUAUUUCCCUGCUACUGAUAAAGCGAAAAAAGGUCAGUGUGCAUUUUAGCUAGUAUAUUGUCAUCCGUGAUUCAACAGGGAACAAGUCUGCACCUAUAUUAACAUGCUUUAAUAAGAGGGUUGCCAUACUUUGAUUGAAAUCUGUUCAUUUCAUUCAGCCUAAAGACCAAAUGCCUCAUUCAGUCAAACUUCUCUUACUGUCUUGAGUGUUACAGCACAAGCUCAAAAAAAGAGUUUAGAUUUACUUUAUUUUUUCAGUCAACAAAUGGACCUAUGCAUUUGUUAUUGGGCUUUCUAAGAGCUGAGAUCUGAAAAAUGCACAUAUAUGCACUGCAUAUGCAUUUUUGGUUAGACUCCAGUUAGCUAAUACAUUUUUACUUUUUUUUAUUUAUUUUUUUGGACAGAGAAAAAAAUAAAUAACCUUUUACACAGUGAUAAUUGACAAAAACAAUAAUGCCUGGUAGCAGAACAAGGCAGAUCUUUUAAUUAAACAACGCCUUUUAUAGAUGUUAGAAGAUUGCCGUCAAGAUUUCAUCGCUAACCCGAACUGCACAAGAGCUUUAAAAGAUAAAGACUCUUCUUUCAAACUUUUUUUUUCUGUAUUCAAUGUUGUUGAAUUUUAACAUCAAGCAUUCUGUAGCACAGCCAUAAAUCCAGCUUUAAUCGAUGUGUACGGCUCAAAAUGUACAAAAACAGCCUUCACAACGUUCAGAACCUCCCUUGCACAUCUGUUGGGCUUUUAUGUCAGCGCUAAAAGAGCCCUACAUCACUAUCAGACUUUGUUGUACCUAUUGUUUUUAAAAGCUCUGCUUUUGUCUUUUAUGCUUUGAGAAAAAGUCCCAAAAAAAUAAAAAAAAUAAAAAUAAAAAACUGUGAAUACGCCCUUUAAACGUUAUGAGGAAAAAGACUUUAAAGGCCGAACAUCACUGAUAGAAAUGCAUUCAUAUUGUUUGAACAUGCCAUUUUAUAGUUCUUUAAAAUAUAGCUUUGCCUUUUUUCACCUCCAUAAAAUGUCACAAAGCGCACACACAAACACCACCUAAAACAUAUUGAAGAAUUUUAUUUGUUAAUGAGAAUCAUGUUUUUUUUUGGUGCCACAUGCAGGAAUGAUAUUGGAUGUGCUCCACAAUUCCAGGGCAUUUUAUAUAAUUAUUAUUAAAGAUUAUUGUAUAUUAGACAUUAUUUUUCUUUUCUCCAAAAAAAGGAAAAAGGUGAAGGAAACAUUGAUGUAAGACUAUGUUUACAACCUGAAUGAACAAGAGCACAUGAGCAAAAGUGUUCUUACGAUGAGUCCACACUUUUGGCACUGGAGAGUACUUGAAAUUAAAAGAAAGGCACUCUAGAGUCAGGUUUCACUUUUUAUCUCAAAGUGUAUGGGACUGCUAUUUUCUCAUCUGUGUGAAUAUAUAUUUUUUUUGUGAGAGAAAAGUGUUUUUUUAACUGUUCUUAUUCACUGUGGACCAAGGGAUUGCAGUGUAUUUUUAUAUAAGUGAAUAAAUGGAUGAAUUAUAUACAGUAUAUUUUGGUAAAAAUGUUGAAAGGGGGUUAUCUUUUGCUGUGUGUCGGUUUGCUUUUUGGGGGGGUUUCUCAGGUACAGUGUUGUCAAAAAUCUUAUAAGGCAUUUGUAUGGAACUGUUGGAGAGAUUUGAAUUAAUAUUGAA